GCUCGCGAACACACAACAAACAACAGCGUCUCUCCCCGCCCACACCACCAAACUGUAGUACAUUCGCCGUACAUACAUCUCACCAGUCCGAAUUAUUACGACUUAAAUACAUUUAUAGUAAUGUAUUUGAAUGUAUUAAAAGCCUGAAUAUUUUUGUUUGUUUUAUACAUGGACGUGUAUUAGUCACAUAAUCGCGCGCGGGAUUUACAGAGGAAGUGCAGUGCACAGCUAACACUGCUAGCCGCUUUAUUCAUAUAUUAUUUUCUCAUCUGAGAGGCGGGGAAUCCAAAGCUGUCAAAAAAAUCGAGACUUUUGGAUGCAUUCAAUUAACGACAGCGUUUCAUUUCAUAGUCGCCUUAUCUCAGGACUUCUGUUUUCUGAAGACAACAGCAAGAAGCUAUCGAGGAAUUACAUGGAUUAUCUGCUAGGUCACAGGGGUGUUUCCUUUGGGAUGUUCCGGUCAGGAUUCUCAGAAUAGAACCAUUUCCUCAAGAAACAGAGCCGAAAAGAGACUGGAAGUGCUGGCAGUGUGUGGAUUAGGAGCAUGCUUGAUUAUUGCUUCAGGACGUUGUGCUGUAAAGGACCUCCCCCUCCCAGACCAGAAUAUGACGUGGUUUGUAUCGGCCUGACGGGUUCUGGGAAGACCAGCCUGCUCUCCAGACUUUGCAGUGAGGCAACAGACAACAUCGUCCCUACCACAGGUUUUAGCAUUAAAGCUGUCCCGUUCCAGAAUGCCAUUUUAAAUGUCAAGGAGCUCGGAGGAGCGGAUUCAAUUAAAAAGUACUGGAGCCGGUACUACCAGGGCUCUCAGGGGGUGGUGUUUGUUUUGGACAGUGCUUCGUCAGAGGAGGACCUGGAGGUGGCGCGUACGGAGCUCCACUCUGCCCUGCAGCAUCCGCAGCUCUGCACGCUUCCCUUCCUCAUUCUGGCAAACCAGCAGGACAAACCUGCUGCCCGCUCUGUACAAGAGGGUGUGAACUGUGAUGGAUCAUCUGUCUUGCCCUGAAUGACCAUUUCAUAAUGCUUUUGAUUCCAGUAAACAUUUCCGUACUUCUAAGGUUACUAAGUAAUCCACCUAUGUCAAGAGUUUGCAAAUAUUUUAUUGCCAGGGAACUCCAAAUAUGAUGACCCCCUUGCGAGGAACCCCCUUCCCAAAAUAUGCGUGCAGCUGUGUAUUUUCCAUCAUGCAGAUUCUUAAAAAAUGGUAAACCUGAUAUUUUAAAGAUAGCGUGUAGUUUGCAGAGGUGAAUGAUUGUUUUAUUUCAAUUUAUACUUAAUCCUAAAUAAAUUACUACUGACUGGUGACAAGACUUGCACUUAUUCUUCAUAAAUUUGAGUCUCGAUUACUUUUACUAUAGUUUGUCUUUUGACAUUAGCACAUAAAUAUUUUUUAUUUACAGUAGGUUACUGCUAUGAGAUGAGUUUGAGAUGACUGAGCAUAGUUUUUUGUUGGAUUAGGGUUGAGCAGGAGCAAGAGGACUAACUAGUUGUCCUCCAACCAAAUGGUUGAUUAUUGAAGUUUAUCUGGAUUUAAAUGUUUAUCUUUAAUGAUUUUUAGCCAGGUUGCACUAAAUACGACUAGUUGACUAAUCAUUCAUACAACCCAAUGACUAAUCAAAUUUGAAAAUAUUUUCUCAUAUCACUAAACAGCAUAUAUGGUUAUUAGCACACAACUUGAGACUCCGUUUUGCCCAACUGUGUUUGGAUUCGAUCUGGUCAAGUGUAAAAUUGCUGUCUUGCAUACAAUAUGACGCAGGAGAAACUGAAAAAAAAUUGAAUUUCAAAAGAACCCGUUUGUGUUGACUGCUAGAUUUAUGACUCUGUUUUCUUUGCUCUUUAUGAAGAUGAGACGAAAAGCAUAUUUGGGACCUGUUGAGAUGUUUGAGUGUGAGAAUAAUACAAGUGAUUAAAAAUGUGGCAGUAGGGACCUAUUGUACCGAAACUGAAUAAACCAAUGCAUUACUGUCUAAACAACCACAUGAAAAAUAAUGUAUAAUUCUCUCCUUCUUGUGUGCCAAUUAGACCAGAGGCUGUAAUUAAGGUUGCUUAAGGGGACAAAUGUAACUAUACAAAGCAUAUUUUGAUUAAUGAGAUUUGAAAGGGAACGAGGAGUUUCUGUUCUCGCAGAUUUGGAAAUCUGUCGUCAAACCACUGCACUGUUGACAAUCUAGAGCCAAAUGGAUGGGAAAAAGUUGUGACAACACAAAAUUGAUGAAGAUCUAGAAGAGAAAAGCCAGUUAGCCAGUUAGUACCAUUCAGUUAGCAUGUUAACAAAAGACUAGAUCCAAGAAGUGAUGUGAGAGACCGGCUCAGUUCAGUCAGUACAGACCUGGAAUCUGUGUCCUUCGUGGUCACACAGCAAUCUGGGUCCGAACAACAGACCCGUUUGUUGUAUUCCUCGGGGGCUCGGAAUUUGCUCAGCCGACAUUGGCAUGGUUUUCAGUGCUGGGUGCCAAGGCCAGUGUCUGAUCAGCAGGAGAAACACCAUUCUCCCUCAUACCACACGCACACACACACACACACACACACUCACUCCACUGUCUGGGUGUCUGUCUGGCUUUACAUCCCUUCCUCAGUCUCUCAUGUUACUUGCUGUGGGAAAGAUUGGUGUUGUCCAUUUUUGCUCCUUUCCCCACUCUAUCUUCUUUCUCAUUUUGGUUAUACAAAGAUACUAGAGUCCAGUGAAUCUUUAGACCAGUGGCUCUUGACUGGUUUCGCUUCAGGACACAGGUUGACAUUGGACAUGAAGUGGCAAUUCAGCACAGUAGCAAAAGUAAACCGAAAUGUCAAACAUUGAAAUGUAUUCAUAUAUUUAUUCAUGAUAAUUUAUUAAUAUUACUAAUUAAUUCUUAACAUUCUUGUCUUUAUAUUUUGUGCAGGACUCUCUCCACUUUAAGAUUUCUGUUUUGCCUGGCCACAUUGCAAAGAAAAAAAGUAGCCAACCGUUUAAAAUGACGACUUGAAGGGUUAGUGCACAAAAAUUAAAAUUCUGUCAUUUAUUAUUCACCUUCAUGUUGUUCCAAACCUAUAAGACCUUUAUUUAUUUUCAUAACACAAAUUAAGAUAUAUUUCAAGGUCCAGAAAGGUAGUAAGAACAUCGUUAAAUUGAUGAUUCAUGAAAUUCAUGAAGCUACGAGAAUGCUUUUUGUGUGCAAAGAAAACAAAAAUAACUUUUUUCAACAGUUUCUUCUCUUCCGUGUCAGCUUUUGUGAAUGAACCACUGAUGUCACAUGGACUAUUUUAUCAAUGUCCUUGCUACCUUUCUUUGCCUUGAACAUUGGUUGAGUUGCUCUCAAUGGAGGGUCAGAAAAGCUCUUGGAUUUCAUCGUAGUUUGUGUUCUGAAGACGAACAAAGGUCUUAUGGGUUUGGAACAACUUGAACUAUCCAUUUAGAGCCUCAGCAUUCUCCUAUGACGAAUUACUUUUUCUGCGUUUGCCAAAUCAGUUAAGACUAUGAGUCAGACAUCAUAUCAUGUCAUCAAUAUUCAUGAGCAAAAAUUUCAAUGUAACAGAAUUGCUUUAGAUUGAAAAUUAUUGUUCUAAAAAAAAGGAACAUAUGCAUGUAGGGUGAAUAGAAAUAGGGUUUCUAUUUCAAGCCACCUUUUAAGCUUUAUAUACUAAAGUAAAUAUACAUAUUUAAUCCUUGUUUCAUCCUAUAUUUUAAUAUUGUCUGAUUUACUUACAUAGUUUUGCUCAUUCUUUUGGAGAUUGCAUAACCUGUCCAUAUUGACGUUUGUCUAAUUUGACAUAAUUUGGCUUUGAUCGCCAGAAAAUCUGACUUAAGCAGA